GCAAGAGCCAGCCAAUUCAAAAAGAUCCACCUCGACCUCGAAGACAACCUCGCACUCCGCGCGAAACAGUACAAAGUCGACACAAAAUGUCUCACGAAUCCGUCUGGAAUUCGCGCCCAAGAACCUACGGCAAAGGAGCUCGCGCCUGCCGUGUCUGCACCCACAAGGCUGGUCUGAUCCGAAAGUAUGGUCUGAACAUCUGCCGUCAGUGCUUCAGAGAGAAGGCCGCGGAUAUUGGAUUCGUCAAGCACCGUUAGAGAAGGAUGCUGUUGGGAGGAGAAGAAUCGAUUUGCGUGAAGGGCAGUGGGAUUUACACAUUGCAUGGAGUUUUCGGAUGGGAGAUUCGCAAAAGAAUUGAGAUGGUGGAUGGUCAGGGCUUUUUUGUGGA